AAGUCACCGUAUUUCAUCCGAAACUCCACCUGAAUUUCUUCCUUAUCAAAAACAAAAAAAACAGCACUAAAGUACUAGAAUUCCAGAAUUCCAUUAAUUCAAAGCACUGACUUCACAUGUUUCAGUUCAACAGGUAAUCUUAAGACAAUAACUCAAUAAGUAAAACCUCUCACCUCUCGAGCCAAAGUUUACAUACAAAUUUACUUUCAUUGACACCAUUUAUUACCGAGUAGCAAAAGAACCGAGUUUUAGUCAAUCUGUCAACGAUUGAGUUUUCAGGAUACGGUUUAGGGUCGGAAUAAGUGCCACUGUAAUAUUAAGGUAACCUAGUUCUACAGCCAAUCUGUCAUCUCCAACUUACCAUUCUUCAGAAGGGAAGAUGUAAUAAUAAUCAGGUAAGAUCAAACUGAGCAAAGAAUAAUGAUUCCUAUUUUUGCAUUUAUUCUCAACAUUCUUAUUUCCAGUUCCAAUUUCUGUUCUGCAAUUGACAGUAUUACACCAACCCUGUCCAUAAAAGACCCAGAAUCAAUACUUUCUAAAAAUAGCAUUUUCAGACUAGGAUUUUUCAGCCCCCCAAACUCCACAAACCGUUAUGUUGGGAUCUGGUAUAAUCACCCUUCCAAAAUGGAAGUUGUAUGGGUAGCUAACAGGAACAAUCCCCUCACUGAUUCUUCUGGUAUACUAAAAAUCUCAGUAGAUGGAAAUCUGCAAGUUUCUGAUGCAAAGAAUCAGACUCUUUGGUCAUCAAACGUCACUCAAUCUGCUGCAAGUUUAUCAGUGGCUCAACUCCUAGAUUCCGGGAACCUUGUUAUCUUCCUGAAUGGCAAUGGCAAUGGCAAUGGAAAUGGCACGAUCAUAUGGCAGAGUUUUCAGAACCCUGUAGACUCAGUCUUACCAAAUAUGAGAUACGUUUUUAACAAUAAUUCUGAAUUCAGGAAUGUCCUGAAAUCUUGGAGAACCUCUUCAGACCCAUCAGUUGGAAGGUAUUCAGUUGGUACUAACUCAUUAUUAGGCAUCUUACAGAUUUAUAUAUGGGAUGGGGAUCGCCCGUAUUGGCGAAGUGGGCCAUGGAAUGGGAACAUUUUCAUGGGAACAAGAUAUCACAACACUGGUUAUGGUAAUCUCAUCAUUAAUACAGGAUCAUUUACCCAAGAGGGUGUACGAGGGAUGCUUUCCCUUGCUUUUACAGGCGCGGAUCAGACUUUAUUGCCUCGUUAUGUGAUCGACUAUCAAGGGACAUUAGCUCAAAAGUGGUGGGAUGAUAGCAAGAAGGAAUGGGGGAUUGCGUGGUAUGCCCCGGAAAAUGAAUGUGAUACUUAUGGCAAAUGUGGGGAAUUCGGAAACUGCAACCCAAAGAAGAAACCAAUGUGUAGCUGUUUGAAAGGAUUUGUGCCAAAGAAUGGGGAUGAAUGGAGGAGAGGAAAUUGGACAAGUGGGUGUGUAAGAAGAAAGGAGUUACAAUGUGGGAUUCAAGGGGGAAAACCAGAUGGGUUUCUGAAGUUACAGAUGAUGAAGGUGCCUGAUAAUGCUGAAUGGUUUGUUGGUCUGAAUCCAGAACAGUGCAGAACUACUUGCCUGGCUAAUUGCUCUUGUUUGGCCUAUACACAUGAUACCGGUACCGGGUGUAUGAGAUGGAGUGGGAACUUGAUUGAUAUUGAGGACCUUUCUCCUGGAGGGGAGGACCUCUUCAUUCGCCUCGAACAAUCAGAGCUAGGUAACAGUAAGAGACGGAUAGAAAUUCUAGUCGUGGGUGUGGUUUUAGGAACGACAGUGAUUGCCACCAUCAUCAUAUACUUCCUGUGGAAAUGGAGAGCGCGCCCAAAGGGUAAACACUCAUCGGAUAGAUAUAAGGUAUCAAAAUUACUACCAGGGAAGAAAGCAACAGCAGACUCGUAUGUAUUCAGAGACAAAACCCAAGGUAUGAUGGAAGGCUUACAAGUAACAAAACUUGAAGAUCUGAUCAUAGCAACAGAUGGCUUCAGUGAUAAUAACUUGCUUGGGAAGGGUGGAUUUGGCCAAGUAUUUAAGGGAAAACUAGAAAAUGGUCAAGAAAUAGCAGUAAAAAGGCUUUCGAGGGCAUCAGGUCAAGGCGCCGAAGAGUUUAUGAAUGAAGUUGAACUUAUUUCAAAACUUCAGCAUCGGAAUUUAGUCAAACUGCUGGGAUGCUGUGUUGAAGGAGAAGAGAAGAUGCUCAUAUACGAGUAUAUGCCUAACAAAAGCUUGGAUGCUUUUCUGUUUGAUCCACAGAAGCAAGAGCUAUCACAGUGGGAGAAACGCUUCAAUAUCAUACAAGGAAUAUGCCGCGGUCUAGUUUACCUUCACAGAGAUUCCAGAUUAAAAAUUAUUCAUAGAGAUCUAAAACCAAGCAACAUUUUACUCGACAAAGAACUAAACCCAAAAAUUUCAGACUUUGGCAUGGCUAGGAUUUUUGGAGGUAACCAGGAUCAAGCUAGUACUCAGAAGGUAGUCGGAACAUACGGAUACAUGUCUCCUGAAUAUGCAAUGGAAGGACGCUUCUCUGAAAAAUCUGAUGUAUUCAGCUUUGGGGUGUUAUUACUGGAGAUAGUAAGUGGAAAAAAGAACAGCAGUUUUUGGUUUCAGGAAGAUUUCCAAAGCCUCUUAGGAUAUACUUGGAAAUUGUGGAAUGAUAACACAGCCGAUUCACUGAUAGAUCCAUCGAUUUCUAGUCCAGAUUCACAAGAGGAGAUUCUAAGGUGCAUACAUGUAGGUUUAUUGUGUGUGCAAGAGUUGGCUAGAGAUAGACCAAAUACUUCAGUGGUUAUGUCUAUGCUUGUCAGAGACAUUAAGAAUCUUCCUAAACCAAAAGCACCCGGGUUUACACAACGCCAGACACCAGCUGAUACCGGUUCAUCUCAAAUCACUAACGAAACUUGUUCUACGAAUCAUGUUACUAUUACAACUUUGACUGCCCGGUAGCACAUCUCUGUAUAAAGAACGAAAUAUAACAACCUUUCUUAUUUCUGGAUGA